GUGUGUGUGUGUUCAUAGAGAAAUCGAGGAUGGCUUGUUCUGCUGAAACCCCCCUCCCACUGCGCAGGCUUCAGUCGAUCAUUUUAAUCUCCCCCCCACACACAGGCAGACGGACAGACGGCAGGACGGAUACACGGGUGGGGGCUGUGCUAGGCGGCUCGGCGGCAGGCUGGUGGAAGAUGUCGUCAGGAGCCGGUGGGAGGGGUGGCAGGCGGCUCAGGGGGACAGCAAGCAGCGGUGGUGGAGGAGGGAGAGGAGGGGCAGGAGAGGCAGAGGAAGGCCCAGUGGGGAUCCCUUUCCCUGAGCACAGCGCAGACAUCCUGGGCAGCCUGAACAAGCAGCGGCUCAGCGGCCUGCUGUGCGAUGUGCUCCUGGUUACGCAGGACCGGGAGUUCCCAGCUCACCGCUCCGUCCUGGCGUCAUGCAGCUCCUACUUCCACAAGCUCUUCACUUCAGGGGCCGCCGCUGACCAACAGAACAUCUACAACAUCGACUUUGUGUCGGCAGAUGCUCUGGGAUCGUUGCUGGACUUUGCCUACACAGCUACAUUGACAGUCAGUCACAGCAGUGUGGCUGAUAUCCUUGCUGCUGCACGCCUCCUGGAAAUCCCACCUGUCCAGGACGUCUGUACACACCUGCUGGACACCAAAGUGCUCUCCCUGCCGACGGGCAGUGAGCAAAGAGAUGAAGAUGAAGAUGAGGAGGGGAAGGGCAGAGGAGGCAGGGAGCAGGGGAACCGAGUGCGGGCCAAGGAAUACCUGGAGUACUUCCAGAGAGGGGCGCACUGGAGCAGCAGCUGCAGCACGCCAGAGCUCAGGGACCUGCCCACACACCUGCACUUUAACCACGGGAAUGGGGGGGGGCCCAGCAACGGGACUCCUGCUGGCCCUGGUGAGUACUACUCCCCCCUGGCCCUCGCCUUGGCUCAGGCCCCCACACUGGAGCCAGAGGAAGAGGAAGAGGAUGAAGAGGAAGAUGAGGACGGGGAGGCGAUGCAGGGGAACGGAGCAAGUCUGGGGUCGUCUUACUACCCUCCAUCCCAAAAUGGGCACUUCUACCUCCCCCCUGAGUCUAGGCGGGGGCAGCAGACAGAGGUGGAGGAUGGAAGUAGAGAGGCGAGGGAGAGGGGUUCUGCCAGUGCCCUCCUGCAGCAAAUGAUGGACUCCAUCGAGAGGCAGAAGGAGCGUGAAACAACCGGGGAGGAACAGGGCGACGGGGAUGACCCCGACAUGGAAUUUUACUUGAAUUAUUUUAACAGCACGCAGCAUGAGGACCCAGCCUCUGCCGCCAUGACGCAGGGAGUGCCGCCGCUCUGGUUAUCACGGGGCAGAACGGGCCAAGACAGAGUAGGAGAAGGAGGAAGAGAGAGGGGGGGGGGAGAGAGAGGCAGCGGGGUCGGAGGAGGUGGAGGCGAGAGGAAGAUGCGCUCCAAGGCCUUCCAGAAAUGCCCCAUAUGUUCCAAGGUCAUUCAAGGAGCAGGCAAGCUACCCCGCCACAUCCGAACGCACACGGGAGAGAAACCUUAUGAAUGCGCCAUCUGCAAAGUGCGCUUUACCAGGCAGGACAAGCUCAAGGUUCAUAUGCGGAAGCAUACAGGAGAGAAGCCUUACCUGUGUACGCAAUGUGGAGCCGCCUUUGCUCACAACUACGACCUGAAGAACCACAUGCGCGUACACACCGGCCUGCGCCCCUAUCAGUGCUCAAGCUGCUUUAAGACUUUCGUGCGCUCGGAUCACCUGCACCGCCACCUCAAGAAGGACGGCUGCAACGGCAUCCCCUCUCGUCGAGGCCGAAAGCCUCGGGUGCGAGAGCCAGGGCUCCUUGAUGCCCCCCUGGGUCUGCUGAGCCCAAGCUCCGACACAGGCCCUGGGCCUCGUACCAUCAGGGGCCGGCGGCGAUCGGAGGCAUCCUCCGCAGCAGAGGUUGAGGGGGCUGCUGGAGCCCGUGCACACAGUCCUCAACUGCAGGACUUGGCAGGGGAGGCGGGGCCCUGAGACUGCAGCGGCGACAAGGACACUGCUGGACACCAUAGUCACUCUGCACCGCCUGUGAGACAGGCCAGUGAACAGAGAGGAGAAAAAAACACGCAAAGGCAAACUUUAAAAAACAACAACAACUAACUAUUCCUCUAUAAACCAAAUCAGGGUGUCACAAAAAAUCUAAUCUUUAUAUUUCUUUCUCCUUUUACUUUAGGAAAUGGAGUAGACUUGCAAGCACUUGAGUCGGUUUAUCUGUUAAAGAGCAAAGAACGCUUCAAAUCAUGCACCCAUGACGUCCACUUUCUGGGCCAUUUCUUUCUUUAUAAUAAUAGGGGUUUUAUACAUUGGCAUAUGUGCGUAGGCAAAUGUAUGAUAGAUACAAAAAAAAAAAAAAAACUAUGCAGUUGAUUUAGAUUUUUAUUGGUUUUGUCCUCACAGCCUUCAAAGCUCUAAGCAAGGUGUCUAUCAAGCACCUUCUGGCUGCUGUACGGGUGAAGCGAGGACAAAUCCUCCCAGUGAAAACAACUCUUUUUCUAUUCUUUUGCAGUUCUGAAAUGUACAGUUACCAUAGAAACAACAUUGCCACAAAAUGGCAUAUGCAAGGAAAAACUCACCACAAUUUUGAUGCAACAGUUUUUUCUCUCUAAAUGUUCCAGAAAGAAUCAGACAAGGGUUUGAUUGAAGUGUUACUUACUCUAUAAAAAUGCGUUUUAAGAAUCUAUGGUUUGUCUUAUUGCAAAACAAAUUCAUGUUGAGUCAAAUCCACUUUAAUGGGGGCUCUUCAGUUGCAGGACUAGGGAAUACGAGGGGUGGAGGGUUUGUGUUUUUAAAGCACUACCACCGUCAAUGUAUCUGUUGGCUCGACUACUUUGCCUCUUAUCCCUCAGAACCCUGCAAUUUCAGCAUUUCUGUUUUCCCUUUAGAUUUUGUCUUAAUUGUUUGUCGUUCCUUUUUGUUGACUGCUUCGGGUACUUGACACUUUAUAAUUGUAUACAUGUAUAUACAGCAGGUGGUGAUAUUGACAUUAGUCCCCUCUUAAUGCUGAGGUGUACUUACCAAUCCUCUUAGGCUUGAUGUCAUAUUUCUCACAGAGUGAAGCUUGUGGGUGGGCGAAAUAAACCUGUAUGAAUGUCUGAUGGGGAAAAAAAAAAACCCAUUGAGUCACCCAUUUGCCCUAAACUUAACUUAAGUUUAGGGUUUAACUUAACUUGAUUUGUAUAGUUCCUGCCCAAAGGAUGAGAAGGUUGAAUGAAUGAAUGUGCUUAACUUUGUGCAGUUUUUCGGAAUCUGUCCUUGUGUGACAAGGCGCGGGUAGCAUUUAACCAACCGCAGGUUAAAGGAAUGGCAGGGAUCCCGAGUGAGAGAAUGACAAAGAGUACGAAGAAGAGAUAGAUGAGCACCUUUUUUUUCCCUAUGUUUGCACAGCUUUACUAAAGAUAUCCAACAGAGCGAGAGAGAGAGGUUAUAUUUAAAGGAAGUGGGCUGGUGUUGGGGAGGGAGUGAGUGGAGGUUUAUGUAUCAUGCUUAUUCCAAUCUUUUUUGCCCUAGGGACCACACAACCAUGAGGCAACCUGUAUGAUGAAGAGAGCAAUAAAUACCUGUCCAAGUUGGGAGGCCAAAUAGGAGCGCAGCUGCAGCUGGUUGAUGGGGGAGGGGAACAAGGGAAGGGGAGGGGGAUCUCACAAUGUCUGUUGCAUUCCAAAAAAUAAUCUCCCCCAGCUCAGCCACGUUUCCAGGCAGGAGGGGAUCAAAUCAGGCCUUUUCUCUCCCUCUCUCUCCCUCUGUAUUCCUCUAAUGCCCCCGAACUAGCCUAGAGGGGAUAUUAUUAUAUUAGAGCCUGGUGUUACUGUGGGUAGGAUGCCUGGUGCUGGCAGUUUAGUUUGCGAGUGUGUUUAUAUGUACGUGUGUUUGUGUACAUGUGUGUGCGUGGCAGCCAGGGUCGCUCUGGCCACAUCAUCAGUGUGUGAGUCAGCCACAGCCUGUUCAAACAUGCACCCUGAGCUGCCAGCCCCAAUGCACUUUCUCUGUCUCUCACACACACACAGACACACGCACACACACUCUGCUCACUGGGCCCAGGUAUCCUGUAGAGAAUGGGAAAGCACCAGAUCUGACAUAUCUGUUUGAAUAUUGCAAGUGACUCCAUACAUCUGGAUUUGUUAGUCUUAAAAUACCCAAGUUUUGUUAUUGUGAUCCAAAUCCAAUGUUAUUUUUUCAAAAUAGCACAUUGAGCUUUUGAGUCAAGAGAACAUGUGUGUCACAGCCACCCUGUAAUUUCUGCAGUAGUGCUAUAGUUCAUCUAUCAGUCCUUUUUGCACCUUGAUUGGAAAGAGGCAGGUUAUGAAUGCACUUUGUUACUGAGGAGGGCACUUUUGUCAAGAAAAACGGGUACUUUCAAACAAACUUCUGUCCAUGGUGGUGAAGUUGAGCUCCUCCACUGGUUUGGUUCAGGUUUUGACGACCAAGCUGCCAAAAAAAAACAAUCUAAAAGAUCCCUAAAAGAGACGCCGGGUGGGUUUCCGAUACAACCGUUGAGUUUUGUGACCUUUUAAAAGACUAAAUCAAUCCAUGUAGCUGAUCGCACUUGAAGUUAGUUGAUGCUGAAAUCUAGCAGAGUUGUCUGUUAAGUCUUAAUGUAAAGGAAGCGGCUAGAAGAAGGAGGCAGACAAAGAAGAAAGGGCGCUGGGUGUGUGUGUGUGUGCAUGCAUGCAUUUUCUUUUCGUGCAUGUGCACAAGCAUGUGUUGCAGGCUGGAGGGUCUCAGGACAAGCUUGGAUAAACAAACUUUGUGUCUGCCCCAUCUGUUCACCAGCUACUCUCAUAACUACACGUGUUCUCCGAGGAGCCACAGUGAAAAUAGGUCCACUGUACCACAGAAGCAAAAAUACCAUAUUGUAAAACAACUCAUUGGACAGUUGCUUGUUUACUUCACGGCUCUCUUGGUGCAGAUUUGCAUACCUUUUUGUUUACCCUUGUUGGUGAUUGUCAGGGGUUGGCUACGUCUUCAUAGUUUUAGUUUCUUUUUUUGCUUCUCCGUUAUGAUGAAGAUGGGGUUUAUUAAUUCGCAGUUUGACUCCCACAGGCUGACCAAUGCAGGCCGGGUGUGUGAUUUUCAUGUAGUGUACUUCAUGUACUUGGUAUGGACCGCUUAAAUCACUUUUGUGUUGAUGUGGCAGGAUGUCAGACCUGUUUGCCAUCUUAAACACUGUUUCUUUGGACCUUAAUAUUUCCCCGCAAGUCUUACGUUGUUUUGUAGAUUAACCAAAGCUUUUGCCCUCGAUCUUAGUCUACUGUAGACUAGAGAUAUUGAAAGUAUGUCUAUAAUUUAUCCCGACUGGGACUCCCAGAUUUAGCCACACACAGAUGCCCUCCUCUUGAAUAGAUAUGCAGAAAUGUGUGUGAAAUCAUACAGCUAUUUACUUGAGUUUGCUUUCUCUUGCUCUUUGUAUCCUUGUGGACAAUAGAAUCAGAGGUUUAAGGAUGUAUGGUUUAUUUCUGUCUGUCUACACUUGUUUUCUUAAAAUAACUUGUUGUGCUACAUUUUUUUUUCUAACAAUUUUACACGGCUGUGUGUGUAUGUGUGCGUGUGUGUGGGUUGGGGUCAUGGUUUUGGGUUGCUGUGCCAGGAGGGUGGGGUAAAUGGGUGCUUGGGUGGGGUUAUGGAUAUAAAGCCUGAUAGCACUGGAAAUGGUGCUUUAGCUGAGAGAGCAAAAGUUUGCACUAAUGUUAAAUGUCCUUGUCCUGCUUAUGGGAGAAGGGCAGGCGACCUCAGAAAGGCCUGCGAGUUUCCAUGAGCACAGAGCAGUGUGGUUAAUCAAUGGUCUCUUAAAGAGUCCAUCCAACCCAUCCGUAGAAAUAAUCAUGUACAGUAUAUUAAGAAAUAUACAGACGUCCAACAACAACAAAUACCAAAGGAGAAGAAAUGGCUUGCAUUCAAGUCAUUGGACAUUUUAAGCUACCGAGUUGGAUUAAUAAGUUUUGUUGUUAAAUCUGAAGGCUCUUGAAAAGAGAACUUUUGAUGGACACUAGAAAUGGUGUGAUUACAGUUCUUCAUAUUAAGAAAUAUUCCAAAUAUACAACAUUGAGGCACUUAGAAAGUUCAAAGCCUCACCGAAAUCAUUUGAAACCUUUUUGAGUUUGUCCUGGUCUGAUGGCUGAGAUGUACCGUGUGCAGGUGCCAGAUAGAUUAAAUCCAGUUCUUUUUUCAAUUUUACAGAUGGGAUCUUAUCAACAUUUGUCUCAUGUUCAGUCAACUGAUGAAUAAUGAGAAUGAAAUAUAUUGGGUUUUGUUGAACACUGUUAUUUUGAUAAUUGCUGAACUGGAUGUUUUCAGUUUACUGUCCGAAAAAAAAAAAAAGAUUGAAUUGAAAUGUAAUUGAAGCAGACUGGGACUUUGUGGCCUUGUCUGAGCAGCACUAAGCUUGUUUGUUUUUUAAUGUUUCCAGACAGUUGUAUUGUGCAGUGUGGGGCUGAGGCUCCCUCCCACCAGGUUGACAAUGCUAACAUCAAGGGCCACAGUGUGGCAGGAACUGACAAAACUCACAACUUUUGUCUAUUUUUUUUUUUU